CGGUCACACUGGCGACUGUGCAAAUAGAAAUGCCGGUGAAAAAGAUAACAAACAUACUGCGUUCGUUCUAAAUUUGGAGUAGGCGACAGCACAAAAUGAACGCCCUUCGUCACACGAUAUCCCUAGUGUCGCUAGGCACCUUCCAACUGGUCCGGCGGACCAAGGGCCAGCACCUCCAAGGCUUUCUCUUCGGCACCGGUCUUGGACUAGCCAGCUUUUCUGCGGUCACGUACGCACAUUCCGCGGAGGCGGUCAACCCAAAGGUCAAGAUGGACACAUCGCGGUUCAUGGCCGAGCCGAUCACGGACACCAAGGUCUUGCUAGAGGAUAAGGAGAACAUGCGACACCGCAUGGAGCUGCUGAUUAUGGAGAUUCAGGCCGAGUUUUGCCGAGCACUGGAAGCGGAGGAGAAUUGCGGUCAGAAGUUCAAGGUUGACCGCUGGGAGCGGGCGGAAGGAGGAGGCGGUAUUACGUGCGUCCUGCAGGACGGUGACGUCUUCGAGAAGGCGGGCGUCAACAUAUCCGUGGUCACCGGCUCCCUGCCUCCUGCGGCAGUACAGCAGAUGCGGGCCCGGGGCAAAAACCUUAAGGAGGGAGCCGCAUUACCGUUCUUCGCCAGCGGCGUCAGUGCUGUAAUUCAUCCACGGAACCCCCAUGUGCCUACCAUACACUUUAACUACCGAUACUUCGAGGUGGAGGUGGCCAAGGGGGAGAAGCAGUGGUGGUUUGGCGGCGGAACGGAUCUGACCCCGUACUACCUGUGCGAAAAGGACGCCUGCCACUUUCACCAGACGCUGAAAAACGCCUGCGACGAGCACGACGCCACUUACUAUCCGCGCUUCAAGAAGUGGUGCGACGACUACUUCCGCAUCAAGCACCGCAACGAGAGCCGCGGCAUCGGUGGCAUCUUCUUCGACGACAUAGACUCCCCCAACCAGGAGGCGGCCUUUGGCUUUGUGUCGAGCUGCGCCCGUGCCGUGAUCCCUUCAUACAUGCCACUCGUUCGGAAGCACAAGAACCGCGAGUACGGCAACAACGAACGCCAGUGGCAGCUGCUGCGACGCGGACGCUACGUGGAGUUCAACCUGAUCUACGAUCGCGGCACAAAAUUCGGGCUCUAUACACCCGGAGCCCGCUAUGAGAGCAUUCUAAUGUCACUGCCCCUGCACGCCCGAUGGGAGUAUAUGCAUGAACCCAAAUCCAAAACCGAGGAGGGCAAGCUAAUGAAAGUCCUUAAAAACCCCAAGGAUUGGGUCUAAGCCACAGUUUGGCUUUUAAUAAUUCAUAAGCGGGAAUCGGUGCCUUUCACAUUAUUUUUAAAACUACCAACCUACCUACAUACCUUGUACAUAUUAUUAGCGUCGUUGCAAAUAAACAUGACAAUGUUAUUGUUCCAUUAAGAGUUCUUAAA